AUGAGUGGCGCAGGGUCUCCUACCUACGGAACGGGCGAUAACAAUGUUUUACAACAGACCCAAAAUCAGGUCCAAGAAGUCGUCGGAAUCAUGCGCGGAAAUGUGGAACGCGUGCUUGAAAGAGAUCAGAAAUUGAGUCAGCUGGAUGAUCGCGCCGAUGCUCUUCAGCAAGGAGCCAGUCAGUUCGAAUCGCAGGCAGCCAAGCUCAAGAGAAAGUACUGGUGGCGAAAUAUAAAGAUGUGGAUCAUUCUGGGCAUUGUUGCCGCUGUGGUCAUUAUCAUCAUUGCAGUAUCAGUCUCCUCCGGCAAAAAUGAAGACGAGGACGACCCUAAUCCUUAG